UUUGCUUCUUGAAUAUUAUUUUUUAUUCAUUAUUAUUUGUGAUCUUGAAAUUAAUAGAUAAGUGAUGGCUUUCAAACUCAAAGAUGCCCACUGGGAAAUACUGAUUUCGUUCUUAGAAGAGCAUAGUAAUAUGGCCACAGGACGUUUUUCUGGGCCUAAUGGUCGGGAAAUGAAUAAAAAAUUAUGGCUGAGACUUAGCCAAGAGUUGAAUUCAUUGGGACUUGGAGAGAGAACUCCAGAAAAAUGGCAAAAAAGUUGGACUGACUUCAAGUACUUACUGAAAAAGAAAGCUGGCACUAUCCAAGUGGAUAUAUUUAAAACAGGAGGAGGCCCUUCAGAUACCUCACCACUGAGUAAUUUUGAACAAAGGGCCUUGAAAAUUUUGGGAGAAAGCUUUUACAAAGGCACAGGUUGUUCGGAAGUGGCUGUGAGCAAUAUUGUUCAGAGAGAAAAAAGUAUUGUUGGUGAGCCAUUAGACCAACCAUCCACAAGUGCAGGACCCCAGGCAAGACCAAUUAAAACUCAUCCCCUAAAGAUCCCUCACGAAUAUGUUGGUGUUGAUCAUGAUUACUCUGUGCAACCAGCAAAUAAAAAGCGGAAGACCCUUCAAGAUGAAGCUUAUGCAGAAACAAUCUCAGUAUUGAAAGACAUUAAAAAUGUAGUGAACCAAGGACUAGGUAAAAUAUCUGCUAGUAUUGAUAGGCUGACAGAAGCUGUACUAAAGCCAAAUAAGUAGUUUGAAUGUAGUUUGAACGCAAUGUGCAGGAUUAUUCAGGGUUGUGAUAAUAUAAGUCAUUAUUUGUUAUGAUAUACCAAUGAGGUACCUAGUACAUUAUAUUUAAGGAACUGUUCAGUAGGUGAAGAAUAUAUUUUUUAUUUUUAUUUUAGAGGGAUAUAUCCAACUCAAUGUUAUGUUUGUGUUUUUCAAUUAUUCAAGACUGAUUAUGAG